AUGGUGGCUCCGAGGAAUACCGCUUAUGCGGAGGAAAGCGCAGAGGUCGAAGUACUCUAUGCGAACCUCGAGAAGCUCAAUCGCCUCACCAAGAAGAUCCAGGGAUCCAUGGUCCGUCUAGAGACCAGCGGCAAGGUUGUGAAAGAAGCCAUUGGGCCGAUCUAUAGCAAUACGCAGUCUCUUCAGACUACCAACAGCAAUAUCGAUAAAGUGAAUGAUGCCAUUGAGCGUCUCCGCCAGCCUCUCGAUGCGAAGAUGCGAGAGGAAGGUAUAAUUCGUGCUGGGUAUGUUGGCUAA